CUCGGGCCACCUGUUGCUGUCUGUCCCUGGGCCACCCUCUGCGAGCUCCAUCCCGUCCACCAGGCCAGCGUGGCGGCUGUGGACUAGAGGCGCGUGCCCCUCCCACACCGCCCUGCUCCGGCCCCAGGGAACGGCCGCCUUUCUACCCAGGGGCAGCAUACACUACCACGGGCAGCCCACGGCACUGGAGACCCCGAAAGCGGGGCUUUGGCGUCUCCAUGACAACCAAGGCCUUGGAAGAACUGGAUGGAGGAGGUCUGGGCAGCUGCCAGGCAGGUGAGGACCUCUCUGCACUGACUGACCCCUGCCCAGGCCAACCUCAGGAGGGCAGGACUCAAGUGACACCCAGGCUGGCCGACUCCAGCAGCUACCCUCCUGAUUCUCAGGAGCCGGUGGCUGAGGGCAGCCCCAGAGAGGACGUGGAUGCCAGGCUCAAGAAGACAGAAAAGGAGCCUGUGACCAGAGAGCCCCUAGGACCUGCGAAGUUGACGCAGAGAGCAGGGGCAGUGCCCCGGAGCCCUGCGCGGAAGAAGGCGCAGGCCGCCCCGCCCGCCCCGCCGCCGCCGCCGCCCGCCGCGAGCGAGGAGCUGCCCUGGGGGGAAGUGUCUCUCACCAAGUGCCUGGUGCUCGCCUCCCUCGUGGCGCUGCUGGGCUCGGCCUUCCAGCUGUGCCGCGACGCUGUGGCGGGGGCGGCGGACACCCCAGCGCCUGUCCCUGAGCCGUGGGUCCCACCACGCUCAGCCCCGAAGGAGCCAGUGGAGCCCCUGCAGAAGCCAGUGGCCUGGGCGCCCCCACCACAGCCGCCUGCGCCCCAGGCAGAGGCAGAGGCUAGGGGCAAGGUCCCAGGCAGCGGGGAGGAGUGCCCACCUCUUACCAACCGCGGGCCCAAGGAGAGGCCGCUGAAGAAGGAGAGGCCACGGAGGGAGAGGCCUCGGAGGGAAGAGAAGCCACGGAGGGCCGAGAAGCCACGGGCUGCCGGGGAGCCCCGGGGAGCCCUACCCCGGCGCGGGGAGACCCGCGAAGGGGGCCAUCGGCCGUGGGCGCGGGACUCCGGAGACUCUGAGAACAGGAAGAGGCAGGCCUGGGACUCCCCGAGGCGCCCCAACGAGGAGGACCGGCCGCCGGGACGCCUGAAGCAUCGCGUAGGCAAGGGGAGGGACUAAGUAGGACCUGGGUUCAGGAAUCCCCGUGGCCCCGAGGUUGCAGUGAAAUAAAGGGAAUACUGCA